GCCCCCGACCAGCGCGCCUCGAGAGCCGCAGCGGCCGCCGCAACCGGGCCCGCGGCCCCGCCUCCCGCUCGGGCCGCCGAGUCAGUGCUGAGUGAGGGGCCGUCGGCCCGCAGUCUCGCCGCCCCGGGCCGGCCCACUUCUUCUGCGAAUUCGAGCCGCCCGCCUCGCUCCCGCUCCCACCAUGUCUGGCGGCGCCGCCGACCAGCAGAGCAGCGCGCCGGGCUCCCUGUUCCUUUCGCCGCCGGCGCCUCCCCCCAAGAAUGGCUCCAGUUCGGACUCCUCGGUGGGAGAGAAACUGGGCGCCGCGGCGGCCGACGCCGGAGCCGGCAGGACGGAGGAGUACCGGCGUCGCCGCCACACCAUGGACAAGGACAGCCGGGGGGCGGCCGCGACCACCACCACCGAGCACCGCUUCUUCCGCCGCAGCGUUAUCUGCGACUCCAACGCCACGGCGCUGGAGCUGCCCGGCCUCCCGCUCCCGCUGCCCCAGACGAGCGCGGCCGCGGUGGUCCCGCAACGGAGUCCCCCGGAGCCCCAGCGCGAGGAGACCCUGACCCCCGCUGCCGCCCAUGUGGCCCAGCAGCCGCCCGCCGCCGCCGCCGCCCCCGGGGAGCCGGUCGCCGCGGGCCCAGCCGCCGCCUCGGCCCCGGGCAGCGCCGGCAGAGACCGCCAGGUUGCCCAGCCCGGCCACGCGGGGAGCAAAGAGGAGCCCCCGUCGUCGAGAAGUGGCAGCGGCGGCGGCAGCGCCAAGGAACCCCAGGAGGAACGGAGCCAGCAGCAGGAUGACAUCGAAGAGCUGGAGACCAAGGCCGUGGGAAUGUCCAAUGAUGGCCGCUUUCUCAAGUUUGACAUCGAGAUCGGCAGGGGCUCCUUUAAGACGGUCUACAAAGGUCUGGACACCGAAACCACCGUGGAGGUCGCCUGGUGUGAACUGCAGGAUCGAAAGUUAACAAAGUCUGAGAGGCAGAGAUUUAAAGAAGAGGCUGAAAUGUUAAAGGGUCUUCAGCAUCCCAAUAUUGUCCGAUUCUAUGAUUCCUGGGAAUCCACAGUAAAGGGAAAGAAGUGCAUCGUUUUGGUGACUGAACUUAUGACAUCUGGAACACUUAAAACGUACCUGAAAAGGUUUAAGGUGAUGAAGAUCAAAGUUCUGAGAAGCUGGUGCCGUCAGAUUCUUAAAGGACUUCAGUUUCUUCAUACUCGAACUCCACCUAUUAUUCACCGGGAUCUUAAGUGUGACAACAUCUUUAUCACUGGCCCUACAGGCUCAGUCAAGAUUGGAGACCUAGGUCUGGCAACCCUGAAGCGGGCUUCUUUUGCCAAGAGUGUGAUAGGUACCCCAGAGUUCAUGGCCCCUGAGAUGUAUGAAGAGAAAUAUGAUGAAUCCGUUGACGUUUAUGCUUUUGGGAUGUGCAUGCUUGAGAUGGCCACAUCUGAAUACCCUUACUCCGAGUGCCAAAAUGCUGCACAGAUCUACCGUCGAGUGACCAGUGGGGUGAAGCCAGCCAGUUUUGACAAAGUAGCAAUUCCUGAAGUGAAGGAAAUUAUUGAAGGAUGCAUACGGCAAAACAAAGAUGAAAGAUACUCUAUCAAAGACCUUUUGAACCAUGCCUUCUUCCAGGAGGAAACAGGGGUACGGGUAGAAUUAGCAGAAGAAGAUGAUGGCGAAAAGAUAGCCAUUAAAUUAUGGCUACGUAUUGAAGAUAUUAAGAAAUUAAAGGGGAAAUACAAAGACAAUGAAGCUAUUGAGUUUUCCUUUGACUUGGAGAGAGAUGUGCCAGAAGAGGUUGCUCAAGAAAUGGUAGACUCUGGGUAUGUCUGUGAAGGUGAUCACAAGACCAUGGCAAAAGCCAUCAAAGAUAGAGUGUCAUUAAUUAAGAGAAAGCGAGAACAGCGUCAGUUGGUGCGGGAGGAGCAAGAAAAAAGAAAGCAGGAAGAGAGCAGCCUCAAACAGCAGGGGGAGCAGCAGUCCAGUGCUUCUCAGGCAGGAGCCCAGCAGCCCCCUUCGACGUGCACUGGUGGACCUGCGGCCUCUACCACUUCAGCUUCUGUUUCCACACAAGUAGAGCCGGAGGAGCCCGAGGCAGAUCAGCACCAACAGCUGCAGCACCAGCCACCUGGUGUGUCUGUGUUGUCUGACGGGACGGUUGACAGUGGUCAGGGAUCUUCUGUCUUCACAGAGUCUCGAGUGAGCAGCCAACAGACAGUUUCGUAUGGUGCCCAGCAUGAGCAGGCACAUUCCACUGGCACCCUCCCAGGGCACACAGCGUCUGUUGUCCAAGCACAGGCUCAGCCCCAUGGGGUAUAUCCACCCGCAAGUAUGCCUCAGUCCAUGGCGCAUCCGUGUGGGGGGACCCCAACAUACCCAGAAUCACAGAUAUUUUUCCCAACUAUUCAUGAACGUCCAGUUUCUUUUUCACCACCUCCCACCUGUCCACCGAAGGUGGCCAUUUCCCAGCGGCGUAAGAGCACCUCCUUCCUGGAAGCCCAAACUCACCACUUCCAACCCCUGCUGAGGACUGUUGGCCAAAAUCUUCUUCCACCUGGUGGCAGCCCAACUAACUGGACACCAGAGGCUGUAGUUAUGUUGGGUACUGCAGCCAGUAGAGUCACUGGAGAGCCAUGUGAGAUACAGGUCCAACCUAUGUUUGAACCAACUCAAGUUUACAGUGACUAUAGACCUGGACUAGUACUUCCGGAAGAAGCUCACUACUUUAUUCCUCAGGAAGCAGUGUAUCUAGCUGGGGUACAAUACCAGGCCCAGGUGACAGAACAGUUUGAGGGCAUUCCAUACAACUCACCAGUCCUGUCAAGUCCUAUGAGACAGACACCUGAACAGAAGCCAGGGCAAGGGGGCCCUACCUCAAGUUCUGUCUUUGAAUUUCCAUCCGGACAGGCUUUCGUGGUAGGACACCUCCAGAAUUUAAGAUUAGAUUCUGGACUGAGCCCAGGAUCUCCCCUCUCUAGCAUUUCUGCACCUAUCAGUACAGAUGCUACAGGCUUGAAAUUUCACCCUGUCUUUUUUCCUCAUUCUGCACCUGCUGUGUUAACUCAUAACAAUGAGAGCAGAAGCAAUUGUGUAUUUGAGUUUCACGCUCGUACUCCAUGCUCCUCUUCAGGAGAAGGAGGAGGAGGAGUUUUGCCUCAGCGCAUUUACCGAAAUCGACAGGUUGCUGUGGACUUGAAUCAGGAAGAACCACCUCCUCAAUCCACAGGAUUACACGGCCGCCUGCAGCCUGUGACUGAAGAACAGCAUGAUUUCCAGGCCCCAGAACUGACCGUCUCUGUGGUAGAGCCCACCGGACAGAGCUGGCCCAUAGGAAGCCCAGAAUAUUCCAGUGAUUCCUCACAAAUCACUUCUUCAGACCCCAGUGAUUUUCAAUCACCUCCCCCUACAGGGGGAGCAGCUGCAUCUUUUGGCUCUGACGUCUCAUUACCCUUUAUCCGUCUGCCUCAGACAGUGUUACAAGAAUCCCCACUUUUCUUCUGUUUCCCCCAAGGAGCCACAUCUCCGCAGGUUUUAUCUGCCUCAUUUUCUUCAGGAGGAUCUGCACUCCAUCCACAGGCACAGGGGCAGAGCCAGGGUCAGCAAUCUUCAAGUAGUUUAACAGGGGUUUCAUCCUCCCAACCCAUACAACAUUCUCAGCAGCAGCAAGGAGUGCAGCAGACAACCCCCUCUCAGCAGACAGCGCAGUAUUCACUUCCCCAGAUGUCAGCCUCCAGCGAGGCCAUGACUGCACAGCCCACAAGUCAGCCUCAACCUCCACAGUCCUUUUCGCAUGUGUCAGCAGGAAAACAGCUUCCAGUUUCCCAGCCAGUACCAACUAUCCAAGGCGAACCUCAGAUCCCAGUUGCGACACAGCCCUCAGUCGUUCCAGUCCAUUCUGGUGCUCACUUCCUCCCUGUGGGACAGCCACUCCCGCCUUCCUCACUCCCCCAGUACUCUGUUUCUCAGAUCCCCUCAGCUCCUCAGCCAGCUUUCUCCUCGCUUCCUGUCACCAUGGCAGCUGGCAUUAAUCAGCCUCUGCUUACCUUGGCUUCCUCUGCUCCAGCAGCUGCAGUCCCAGGGGGACCCGCUGUGGUCCCUAGUCAGCUUCCCACCCUCCUGCAGCCUGUGACUCAGCUGCCAAGUCAGGCUCACCCGCAGCUCCUGCAGCCAGCAGUUCAGUCCAUGGGGAUAGCCGCUAACCUCGGGCAGACUGCUGAGGCUCCACUCCCCUCUGGAGAUGUUCUCUACCAGGGCUUCCCACCUCGACUGCCAGCACAGUACCCAGGAGACUCAAAUCUUGCUCCCUCUUCCAGCGUGGCUUCUGUGUGCAUUCCUUCUACAGUCCUGUCCCCUCCCAUGCCGGCAGAAGCACUGGCUGCACCAGGUUACUUUCCUACAGUGGUGCAGCCUUAUGUGGAAUCAAGCCUUUUGGUUCCUGUGGGCAGUAUAGGAGGACAGGUUCAAGUGUCCCAGCCAGCAGUGAGUUUAGCACAAGCCCCCACUACAUCCUCCCAGCAAGCAGCUCUGGAGAGCACUCAGGGCGUCUCUCAGGUGGCUCCUCCAGAGCCCGUUCCAGUGGCUCAGCCACAGCCUGCCCAGCCUGCUACGCUGGUCUCUUCUGUAGACAGUGCACAUUCAGAUGUUGCUUCAGGUAUGAGUGACGGCAAUGAGAAUGUCCCAUCAUCCAGUGGAAGGCAUGAAGGGAGAACUACCAAACGGCAUUAUCGCAAAUCUGUAAGAAGUCGCUCUCGUCAUGAAAAGACUUCACGCCCAAAAUUGAGAAUUUUGAAUGUUUCAAAUAAAGGAGACCGGGUAGUAGAAUGUCAAUUAGAGACUCACAAUCGGAAAAUGGUUACAUUCAAAUUUGAUUUAGAUGGUGACAACCCUGAGGAGAUAGCAACAAUUAUGGUGAACAAUGACUUUAUUCUGGCAAUGGAGAGAGAGGCAUUUGUGGAACAAGUGCGGGAUAUUAUUGAAAAAGCUGAUGAAAUGCUCAGUGAGGACGUCAGUGUGGAGCCAGAGGGUGACCAGGGAUUGGAGAGUCUCCAGGGAAAGGAUGACUAUGGCUUUGCAGGCUCUCAAAAAUUGGAAGAGUUCAAACAACCAAUUCCUGCAUCUUCCAUGCCACAGCAAAUAGCAGGCCUUCCUACCAGUUCUUUAACUCAAGUUGUUCAUUCUGCCGGAAGACGGUUUAUAGUAAGUCCUGUGCCAGAAAGUCGAUUACGAGAAUCAAAAAUUUUCAGUGAAGUAUCAGAUACAGUUGCUGCUUCUACAUCUGCUGGUGCUGGAAUGAGCUUGUCUCACUCUGCUUCAUCCCUUAGUCUACAGCAGGCCUUUUCUGAACUUAGACAUACGCAAAUGGCAGAAGGGCCGAGCACAGCACCUGCCAACUUCCGUCCGAUGGGGCCAGCGUUCCCAGCAGUGCCCCCUUCCGUGAUCAGCCCUGCUGGAGCUCCAGCCACAGCGGCAGCCGUACCCUCAGCGUCAGCCCCUGCCACGGGCUGCCCUCUUAGUGACGCUUCCGCAUCAGCCGUUCAGUCUGAGGUUGCAGUGCCCACUGAAAAGGGGAUUGCUGGAGUUGCCACCUGCACAGGUGUUAUACCCUCCAGUGGUCUCCCUGUACCAUCUGCAUCUGAAUCCCCGAUACUUUCCAGUGUGGUGUCAAGCAUCACAGUGCCUGCAGUCAUCUCAGUAUCAGCGACAUCCCAGUCAGUUCAGGCUCCCACACCUGGGAGCGUUGUUUCCGGUACAGGCACAUUCCCCUCUGUACCAGUCUCAGUGACGGCAGCCUCUGCAGUGAGCAGUGCUGCUGCCCCAGGCGCUAAGCCUUCACCUGUAUCGUCGCAGCAGGUGGCAGGCAGCAUGGCUGGGACAGCCACGCUAACAUCCGUGUCGGCAACCGCUCCAGUCCCGAGUCUAGCUGCACAGCCGUCCCUUCCACCCAGCAGCAGCACCUCUGCUCUUACUCGAGCUGAGACUGUAGUGGUUAGUGCGCACGCACUGGAUAAGAUAUCUCAUAGCAGCAUGACCGGAUUGGCUUUGUCCCUCCCCGCGUCAUCUUCCUCUCCCUCCUCCCUGGGGGCAGGGGUAUCUAGUGCUGUUUCUCAGCCUGGUGUGGCUCAUCCUUUGGUCAUCCCAUCAGCUGUGGCUUCUACUCCUGCCCUUUCCCAGGCAGGACCUACUUCCACACCUUUACUACCCCAAGCUAGUAUCCCACCUUUGGUACAACCUGUUGCCAAUGUGCCUGCCGUACAGCAGACACUAAUUCAUAGUCAACCUCAACCAGCUUUGCUUCCCAACCAGCCCCAUACUCACUGUCCUGAAAUAGAUGCUGAUACCCAACCCAAAGCUCCUGGGAUUGAUGACAUAAAGACUUUAGAGGAAAAACUGCGGUCUCUCUUUAGUGAGCACAGCUCAUCUGGAGCUCAGCAUGCUUCUGUCUCGCUGGACACGUCACUCGUCAUGGAGACCACUGUCACACCAGGCCUCCCAACCACUGCCGUUGCACCAAGCAAACUCAUGACUUCCACUACGAGUACUUGCUUACCACCAACCAGUUUGCCCUUAGGAACAACUGGUUCGUCAGUUAUACCAGCGGUCACUCCUGGGCAAGUUUCCACCCCAGUCAGCGCUGUACCAGGAGUGAAACCUGGAACUGCUGCACCAAAGCCACCUUUAACUAAGCCUCCAGUGUUGCCAGUGGGCACUGAACUUCCAGCUGGUACUCCACCCAGCGAGCAGCUGCCACCUUUUCCAGGACCUUCACUAACGCAGCCCCAGCAGCCCCUGGGAGAUCUGGAUGCUCAGCUGAGAAGAACGCUCAGUCCAGAGACCGUUGUGCUGACGUCUGCAGUUGGUCCCGUGUCCGUGGUGGCUCCAACAGCAGUUGUGGAAGCAGGAGCCCAGCUUCAGAAGGAUGUGUCUCAAGUCACAGAAGGUCCUAUCCUAGCACCCACUUCAGGGACUGGUGUUUUUAAGAUGGGGCGAUUUCAGGUUUCAGUUGCAAUGGAUGAUCCCCAGAAAGAGGGUAAAAAUAAGUCAGAAGAUGUAAAGUCUGUUCAUUUUGAAUCCAGUACUUCAGAGUCCUCAGUGCUGUCAAGCAGUAGUCCAGAGAGUACCCUGGUGAGGCCAGAGCCCAAUGGGAUAGCCGUCCGUGGCGUCUCUUCAGAUAUGCCAGAUAGUAGCGCCCGUAAAACUCCUGAAACUGGGCAGCCAACCAAGGUUGGACGUUUUCAGGUGACAACUACAGCAAGCAAAGUCGGUCGUUUCUCUGUUUCAAGAACCGAAGACGAGAUUACUGAGGCAAAGAAGGAGGGACCAGUGGUAUCUCCUCCUUUUCUGGAUUUGGGACAUGACGUUCUUCCUGCUGUGAUACCAAAGAAAGAGAAGCCCGAACUGUCAGAGGCUUCACAUCUGAACGGGCCGUCCUCUGACCUGGAGGCUGCCUUCCUCGCUCGGGAUGUGGACGAUGGCUCAGGGAGUCCGCACUCCCCGCAGCUGAGCUCAAAGAGCCUCCCUGUCCAGGGCCUGAGUCAUUCCUUCAACUCCUCUUACAUGAGCAGCGACAAUGAAUCAGAUAUUGAAGAUGAGGACUUGAAGUUAGAGCUGCGGCGGCUACGAGAAAAACAUCUUAAAGAGAUUCAAGACCUGCAGAGUCGCCAGAAGCAUGAAAUUGAAUCUUUGUAUACCAAACUGGGCAAGGUUCCUCCUGCUGUCAUCAUUCCCCCAGCUGCCCCCCUUGCAGGGAGAAGAAGGCGACCCACCAAAAGCAAAGGCAACAAGUCUAGUCGCAGCAGUUCCUUGGGGAAUAAAAGCCCUGGACCAGGUAACCUGUCUGGCCAGAGUGCAGCUUCAGUCUUGCACCCGCAGCAGACCCUCCCCGCUCCUGGCAACAUCCCAGAGACGGGGCAGAAUCAACUGUUACAGCCCCUUAAGCCAUCUCCCUCCAGUGACAACCUGUAUUCAGCCUUCACCAGUGAUGGUGCCAUUUCAGUACCAAGCCUUUCUGCUCCAGGUCAAGGCUGUGCGAAGUUUAACUGUGCGUCUGAGCAGGUGACGUUCAAACCUGGUGGCAGGAGGACCCGAUUUCUGAGUACGCCCUGCUUGGCUCUUUGGAAGAUGGUGAAAAAAGUCUGUCCUUGCAACCAGCUCUGUAGGACCAGCAGCACAAACACCGUUGGGGGAACAGUGAACAGUCAGGCCGCCCAGGCUCAGCCUCCUGCCAUGACGUCCAGCAGGAAGGGCACGUUCACAGAUGACCUGCACAAGUUGGUGGACAACUGGGCCCGAGACGCCAUGAAUCUCUCAGGCAGGAGAGGAAGCAAAGGACACAUGAGUUACGAGGGCCCUGGCAUGGCGAGGAAGUUCUCUGCACCCGGUCAGCUGUGCGUCUCCAUGACCUCAACCCUGGGUGGCUCCGCCCCCAUCUCUGCAGCAUCAGCUACCUCUCUAGGCCACUUCCCCAAGCCCAUGUGCCCCCCGCAGCAGUACGGUUUCCCAACCCCCCCCUUUGGCACGCAGUGGAGCGGCACGGGCGGCCCAGCAACACAGCCACUUAGCCAGUUCCAACCUGUGGGAACUGCCUCCUUACAGAACUUCAACAUCAGCAACUUGCAGAAGUCCAUCAGCAACCCUCCAGGUUCCAACCUGAGGACCACUUAGACCUAGAGGCGUUGACGGAGUAGAUUGGGGGCAGGAGGUGGAGUGGUGAGGGGCAGGUGGAAGGGGGAUGGGAAAGAAGCCUACCUACUAACUACUAGCGCUGCAUUUAACUGGUUAUUUCUUGCCAGACAGGAAUGUGUUUAAUACCGCUUAGAGCCCUCAGAGUGGAGAAUCUCCCUGUGCUUUCACCGUUUAUUGGAGUGGGAUGAGAAGGAAAGAAAGAGCAGGUUUCUUGUGUAUGCUUUGUUAUCUCUCCCCAGCAGUGAGCGCUCGGAAAGAGAAUCGUGUUGAUCAGAAAGCUUCUAGAGAGCUCAGUGGAAAAGCAAAGCCCAUCUGUGUUCUCAAGUAGUGGGGCUCUUAAUCUUGGUACCCACCGCAAGUCCCUUAUCCCCUCAAGAACAUAAACCGCAAGACAAAAAACUAAACUAUUGGGCUCUCUCCUACCCUGUCCCCACCCCAGCCAGUCUUUAGAACCCAGUGAAAACAGCAGGGGACGGAGGUUCCAACCCUCUCUUACGAUAGGUCAUUAGUGCUUUAAGCAGAUGGUAUUCGCAGCUUUGACUGCAGCAUUAGCCAUUAGGAAAACAAAAGUAAGUUCCCUGCGGACAUGUAACUUUGCCAUCAGUUUUGAUGUGGAAACACUGUGAUAUAUAAAUGUUGUUGGACAACAGUAGUUUUAAAAGUAAGAUAUGAAAGGUUUAAAAAGUUGAAAAAAGCUAGUUCUGUCCUUUACCUAUUGAGACUUUACUUUCUCCUUUGUAUUUCCAUUGUAUUAGAUAAAUAAAUGUGAAUGUAAAAUUGUAUAAAUUACUGUACUUGAAUACUUCUGUUCUCCCAGUAUUGCUUGCUGGAUGUUUUAGUGCCUUGGACUUCUAUUGCUUCUGCCGUUAACAUCAACUUCUCAUCAGACCCCAGUCAGCAAAAGGGCGUAUGGAAGGAAACCUUGGGUCCAUGUGACCCAGCAGUGGAUUAUGCAAUAAGGAAAUUGAAGGAGUAUUUUUUUUCAAGUCAUUCAACAAUUUUGUCUAGAGCAGGUGUAAGAUGAGCAGGUGAGAAGUUGACAGUAGUGGUUAAAAGCAGAAAACUCUGUUUCAGGACAGGUGAGGAGGGGUGUUGUCACAAAAUCGGGCAAUUUACAAGAUUGAGUGUGGUAUGCGAUAAGUGAUGAAAGAAAAAGAAAGACUACGGGAUGGGAGAACAGACUUGUUUUGAAGAUAGGUGAUGCUUGGCCGGUGGCUGCCAUAAGCCUUACUUACCUGAGCUGGGCUUGAGCAGAGGAGACCUGGAAGAAAUGGCUGAAUAUAAAGGGAAGGGCACGGGGUGGGGUUGGGGGGGGUGGGCGCUAGUUUUUAAGCUAGGAAAUGUGAUAGUGAAAUGUCACAGAUGGAGAAAGUUGUUCUAAGAAAAAUCAUUUGGAUUGCUUCCCUCUUGGUGCAAAUGUCCCGUGUAUUUCUCAGCUUGGGGUACUGUAGUUUGUGGAAAGUGGACCCACAUCUGAAUUAAGCAUUGUAGGAAAGAAUGCUUAUUCCUACCCGCUUCCUAUAUAAUGUCCAAAUGGUUGCAGGAUCAUAAUCUCUUGCACCACCUUAUUUCUAGAAUUAACAGCUGACAUUCUCACGUUCUCUGUAAACAGAUAUUCCCCUGAAGUAAUAACUGCAACCAACCAGUAUUAUUUAGUGCUGUGCCUAGUUGUAAUGGGCACUUCUGUUACUUUCAGAACUUUCAGGAAAUACUCUCCUCAUUGCCUGAGUUUGGGAUCUCUGUUCUCCCAGAAGGUGGGGAAAGAAGCCAGGACUCUUAAUUUUGGGGUGCUUCUUGUCUUGACUCUUGAGCUGGGAAACUGACCUAUUCCAACCUCUUACCCACCUCAGUGGCACAUCCCAGGAAUCCCCAUGACAGGAAGAGCCUGGAUGGCUGUCCUGUCCUCCGGUGGUCAUUUUCUUUAAGUUAGCCGAGAUCCCAAAGAUGCAAAUGAGAGCUGAAGGUUGUAGGAAGGUAGAAAUGAAAAGGGCAGGCGUUCCAAGCUUUGCUUCGAAACUGUUUACUUACUUUUUCUCUGCUUAUAAUCCUCGGGAGAUGACAAGAGUAAGGACGGAACAAGAAGCACCAAGGAAGUGGGGAACGGACCCCGGGCAAGGAGGCAGGGCUUUGCAGCAGAGGAAGGAGGAGCCAGAGUGCAGCACGUGACUAUUUUGUUUCUUGGGUUUAAUCAUUUUGAGAUCUCUUCACUCACAGGUGGAAAGUAAGAACUGCUUUUAUUUACUGUUUUUUUCCCCUCCUGUGGAUGAAAUAACUGAAGCCUAGAGGAAUGAACCUAGUGCUACUGAACUGUUUAAAUUAUUUUUGUGUUAAUAGUACACUUUGAGUAUCUUUUUCCACAUUAAAAAAAUUCUUUCUGAAUUAUAAGUGUUUUCCUUACAUUAUUUAACAAUGUACACUGUUUAAAAAAACAGACUAAAUUCAAACCUUGGGGGUUCUUGGCAGCCCGUCAACCCGUGCGUUUGGGAUAAACCCCGGGGGACACGCUUUCUGUUUCCGUUUGUUACCUUUGUAGAUGAAACCAUUCAAAUAAACCAAACUUGCUUUUCUUGA